CACACUAUCCCACGUGAAGAUGUCUUCAUCUUCAGCGCUGCCGGAGUGGAAGCUCCAGCUAUUGGAGCGUCGGCGCAAAGAGGAGGAAGAGGCCCACCGGCGGGAACGGGAACAGCAAGACCGCAUGGCGAAAAUGCCAGCCUGGAAACGAGAGAUCAUCGAAAGACGCCGUGCCAAGCAAGGCUCUAAUGCUUCUUUUUCAGAGCCCGGAGGACCGGGAGGGGUAGAAAGUGGGGCGGCCCCCUCUCCUGCUAUCCCACAGCCCUGCCAAGAGGCAGAUCCAGAGAGCUCCGUGCUGCAGGAAAAGAUUGCCCCUGUCCAUCAGAACCCCUUCAUUCAGCUGGAGAAGCGGCGCCAUAAGGAGUCAGCCCCUUCAGAGACCGAAAUCACUAGCGCCAAGGCCAAGCAGAUUGUGGAUCUAUAUGGGCAGAUUCCUGGCGUCCGCACACUGCGUGCGGACAAUGUCAUUAUCAUCGAGUCCGUCCCGGGAGCGCCACCGGCUCAGCUCGCCAGCGACCGGCGCUCCGGGGAGUCCAAAUCGGGCAGCGUGGAGUCCAUCAAUGAGCUGCUGGCCCGUCGUGGUGGCAGCGUCACCGAGAUCCGAGCUGGGGAGGUCUUCAUCGUCAAGUCGGCUUUGAGCCGCAGCGUGGAGGACCUCGAUUCUGUCGGCAAGGCAGAGUACCGGUCGUCGCUGCCACCAGAGCAGCGCCGUGGGCGGGUGAGCAAAUUGCUGAGCAGGUUCAGCCAAGAGGAUGGCGGUGGGCCGGUAUUGCCACGCCCAGUGAGAUCCUUCAGCACGGAGAACUUAACGGAGGGUACCUAUGUGGCCAGGAAGGCUGGCCAUGUACCGGCAGACCCCAGCCCAACUAGGCAGCACCGUGAAAGAACGCCGAGCCCUCCUCGUGACCUGCCAGGCCUCACCUCACCGGUGCCCUUCACUGUGGCAUCUUACCGCAGCCAGUUUGAAGCCAAAUCAAGCAGUGGUGAGGCCUGGCCAGAUAGCCCUCCAAGACGCUCACCAACAAGCAGGACAUGGGGUAGAGAGGCUGCCUCCCCUGAGAGAGGGCCCAGACUGGACGGCAUUGAUCCUGAGGCUACGUUUGAGUUCCGUCCAGCGCUGCCACCAGCACCGGUCGCCGAUGAGGAUGUCCAGGGCAAGGCCUUGGCUAAUCUAUGGCUGCACUCCCGGAACUCCUUUGUGGUUGUGCCGCGACGGGCCUUGGCCUCCCCACCCCCACCCACCGAACUCAAGCAGGAAGCCGGCCCUUCUCCUUCUUCGCUCAAGCCCCCAGCCCCCACUUCCUGCUCCUCACCCAGCUGUGAGCCGCUUCCCCCGGAGGCCGAGGAUCCACCCGACGCUGAGGCCAUGAGACGCGGCGGCAGGAACAGCAGUGCCAAGGAGGAUGUCAGGAUGGGGGGCUUGGCCCAUGCCUCGUCCCCCCACCCGGCUGUGCAGCGCCGCAGUGGCAACACCAUCACAAUCAACCCUCGCAAGGCCCCCGUGACACCUGUCGCUGCGGUGGAGAACGGCAUCGGGAGUGACGCUCCCACGGCCCUGGCACCUGUGAAGAAACGCUAUCCCACCGCUGAGGAGAUCCAGGUGAUUGGAGGCUACCUCUCGCUGCAAAGGUCCUGUCUGGCAAAAAAUGACCCACAUCGGAAAAAGCUGAAAAUUUCCUUCAGUGAGAACCAGCUGGAGAGGACCUUCCAGUACCCAUCGGAGGGUUCCCUGCUGGAGGAGUUUGGGCCCCCUGAGGAGUCUGAGCCUUUGGCGACUACCAACCCCCAUGGGGAUGAUGAGGAGGAAGAGGAGGAGCUGCUGAUGCUUCAUCGUGGCCUCCCUGGCCUCCUGAGGACCAAACCUCUCAUCGUGGAUGAGUCUUGUCGGCGGUAGCCCCACUCAUCCUUCUCCAUCGCAGGGAAAGAUGGAGGACAUCUAAGGAUACAUGUCACCCUUCAAGUCCCUCAGUGGGACCUUCAUUUCCUUUCGUCUUCCAGUGACUGCCACACCAAGGAAAGACGCUGGGGCCGUGCCAGA